AUGGUCUCCAAGAGAGCAUUUUCAACACCUGGAUAUUGUUCCAAGGUGAACGAUGAAAACGAUCCGGCUCAAAUCGGGAAAAGAAAGCUGGCACUGUUACUGUUUCAAUCCUUUCCACUUGAUUGGCAGGGAGAUUUUAUCAAUUCGCGAAAUGAUCCGGCGAAUGACGAUAAUAUUGCGUGGAAAGAUAUUGUCAGUUGGAUGGCGCAGAAGAAAAGAACAGUGGACAGAAAGAAGCUCAUGCAGGAGAGUUCUCAACGGAAUUCACAAGGUUUUCAACGUGGAGGUAUUUCCUACCAACAGAACCAAGGACAACUUCAACCAAGAAACCCCUACAAUGGUGACAGAGGCCGUGGAUUCAAUGGCCAGCGCAGUGGACGCUCCCAAGCUGGUCGCUUUCAGCCAGGACAAAACUAUCAAGGCAGAGGCCAACCACAGCAACAACAGAGACAAAACUACUAUGCUGAGUUGCACUAUAAUCAAGAAGCUGAAAGCUUUGCUGCGGAAGGCAGCGUUCCUGAAUGGAACCAAGACGGAAUGUCUUAUGGUGGAAUGCCAAGUGCCGAGCAGAACCAGCAUCAAGAACACUUUUAUCAAGCUGAAGAAAAUCAGCAACAAUGGAACGAUCAAUUCAACUUUGAACAGGAAGAAUAUUAUCCUGAAGAGUAG